GUAAUUAUUUAUUUGCUUUCUUCGACCUAAUAGAUCUAAGAUAUUCUACUGAGUUACCCCUUAACCCAAUAUCAACCCCAUCAUUAACUUCGAACUUAGAAGUUAAAGAUUAUUAUUAUGGCAAAUAAUACCGAUAAUACACAAGUAACUGGCGCAAGCCAACUUGUACAAAUUGAAAAACAACCAAGGAAAGAGUGUUGGCGUAACAAGUUAUCACAGGGCCCUUCUAAUAGGCUUUUUAACGCCAAGUUUAAAGCUGAUGAGAAGUUUGACAAAUUACACGAAAAACAAAAUGAAAAAUCUAACUCCCAGCUUCGGAAAGAGCAACGGAAGAGUAAGCGGGCCCAAAGCCUUGCUUACGUUAUAGAGUCCGACGGCUACUAUGACGAUAUUUCAAGUGAGUCUGAGGACAAGGAAACUUAUUCGCGUGAAGAUGAAUUUUUAUCUGAAGAUGAAGAUACCUUUGAGGGGAGCUGGUGGAGCGACGACGACCACAAUUUAUUCAGUUCUCAACCUCGUCGCGACGCAAAAAACGUCUAAAAAUGAAAUAAACAAACAUUCUUGCCUGCUCUGGAAUGUAUUUGUACAUCCCCAACCAGGUGGAAUGCCGUGGCACAUGCGAUACUAAAAAUAUUUAUUAGAGUAGAUAGAUAUGUACCUAGGUAGGCAGCUAACAUCUUGAUGAUGUUAUGAUAGCUUAAUAUAAUUCAACUUACCUAGAUAUUCAAACCCCCCGGUUUACUCCUUCUGAACUAUAGAUGGUGCUAUGCAAACAUAUGAGACCCUAUGCUAAUUGUAAAUCGAUCAUAGCUGACGCCACAUUUGUAGCACUCCAACCUGUCUGUCACAUCUCAGACAGUCCCACGUGACACCCCAUGACUGUCAACCACCCGAUG